AUGGCGCAGCAUAAUGCUCCCAGGCCUUCCUUGGUGUGGAUGAAGAGCGUGAUGACGCAAGAGCAGAUUCAAGCCCUCGUCAACCGCGGGCUCCUCAGCCCGUUUGGGAUCCUGACUGGAGAUUUCUUCUGCAGGCUCCUACAUUACUACAAGAUCAAGUUGGUUGAGGACGCGACACAGGAGGAUGUUGAGGUUAGGCAGGUGGUGCCAGAGGACGUGGUGGUGGAGGACGAGGCUGAGGAGGGCACCAAGGCCAAUUGUCAACAGGAUGAUCCACCUAGAGAUGAUGCGCCCUCUUCGCACCAGGCCCACGAACCUAACGCCACCACUUACACCGAUGCUGAGGUUGAAGAGGAUGAUAGGAAGGAUAGGAAGGCUCUUUCUAGGCUGCAGGAGGGACUGGUUGAGCAUGCUCAAAAGAGGAAGGAAGUGAUCUUUCAUUGUGAUUGCUUUCGUGAGAGGGCAUCGCAUUUGGAAGUGGAGCUCGAGAAGGCGAAGACGGAUUUCCGAAAUCUGCAAGCUCACCAGGACAUUGAGGUGGCAGUGCAUGAUGCAAUCAUGAAGAUUGCUAAGUUGAAGCGGAGCCUUAGGGAGAGCGAGGACGCGAGAGCACGUUGCCAGGCUAGCUUUGUUGCUGAGAAGGAAAUUAUCAACUCGGAGCUGGCAAAUUCGAAGAGUAGAGAGGCAAGGCUGCAGCCGUAUCUCAAGGAGUGUGAAGACUCCAACGUGCGCCUCCAAGAGCAGCACAACGCAAUAGUGAAGCGUGAGUAUACAGUAUCCCAGAAGCUGGUCUAUGAGGCCAAUGCACAUAGGGACCUCGAGCGCUGCUUAGAGGAAGCUGUAGGUAAUCUCCAGAAUGACCAAAAUGUGAUUGCUGGGUUAGAAUUUGAGUUGGAGGAACUUCAAAAGUAUACCGGUUAUGUGAUAGAUAUGAUUCAAGCAGACGCCGACCCGAUCAGGCCUACACCUCUUCUUGAUCGCCUCAAAGCUGCGCCGGACCUUCUGAAGAAGCUGCUAAAGGAUACUGUCGUGGAGUGUCUUAAAACCACUUUUGCGUUGUUGGUUUCGCACUUCCUGACCACACCUUUUCAGCAAGUCACAAGUGGUAUUGCUGCUGACUUUGAAGAAGACAAAAUUCCAUAG